AUGGAAAGGAUUUGCUGUGCUUUAGGAGCUUCAAGCAUAAGGUCCUUAACAUUGGCUAGCUUCCGUCUUGAGGAUAUAGCGCAACAGUGGAUUACGUCCUACAUGUGGUGUAGGCCUAGUAAUGCUAGUCCACUUGGUUGGAAAGAAUUUGAUAAAGCCUUUAUGGAUAGAUUUAUGCCUUGUAGUGUGCGAGCAACUAAGGCCAAGGAGUUUGAGGGCCUAAAACAAACACUCGGGAUGACGAUAUCUAAAGUUGUUGCUCCGCAGAGGUGUGAUUCUUAUUCUGAUGUAAUAGAUUGUGCUCGGUUAAUAGAAGGUCAUAGUAUGGAGGCUAGAGCACUUCGUGAAAGUACUAGAAAGACUAAAACUGAAAGGCAGACUAGUCAAAGGAACGAAUGGAUUGGCUGUAUGAUUGUUAUGCCAAUGUCGAUUGCCACUACAAAUAUGUCGAAUUUAAGUUUCUUGGAGAAGUUCCCUUUAUCAUCUAUGGACAUAGGAGCCCAUGUAAUAAGGGAAUGUUAG